AAGGGUAGAGGGAACUAGGGAGAGGAAGGGACAAGGCCCAGCAGAGUCAGGAGCAGACCCCAGGUCUCCUGAGGCCCAGUCCUGUGUUCUAGCCACCAGGCUGUGCUGCCUCCUUUAAUCUCACCUGUAGCUAAAUCGGUGCAGCUCUGUGUGUAGACAAGCCCCAGGUUUAGCUAAAUCAGUUCAAAGCGGACCUAAGCCAGUGCUAAACUGGUUGAGGUUCACCUUUGCUGGGGGCUUGCAGUGGUUUAACAGGGCUGAUUUAAAAUUAAUUUUGUUAAGCCAGUACAGUUUCUUUCCUAUAAAGAAGACCAGUGAUGAGCUGGAGUUUGCACCAAACUAAUAUACAAUUUAACCCUAUUUCAAACUCAGCUGGUGCAAACCCUGGCUUGCCCUUGUCUAUUGUUCAGGAUCAGUGCUGGCGCAGCUACAGUGAUGGCUGCAUCAGGACUAGUCCUAAACAGACAAGGCCUGCAGACUUGUGGUGUCUCCACUAGUGAGUUUAUUAUUUGUUUUAUUAUUUUUUUAGUUAAUGGCCGUACUGUAAGAAACUUACACUGGAACCUGUACCCCUUGUCGUCUCCUAUUUCUCUGCCUCCCAGCUUUUUCUAUAUCUUUUCCCUUUGGCCUGAAACUCUCAUUCACAGUUUAAGCCCAAAGAUAUGUGGGUUUGAUUUUUUUUUUUUUAACUUCCCUUUCAUUUUGGAGGAUGCAGAAAUUUUACAGAACCAUCGGGGCAGGACACAAAAUGUUUGUUUUUAAUUUUUUUAUUUUAACCCUCAAAGAUGUGCUCUGGAGCUCAGAAUUUAAACUUGUCCUGCAGAGUCCUAAGUGUUGAUUACAGCCUUUGACAUGUCUGAAGUAAAAUGUUGCAUUGGUCAUGGCAGUUGCCUGUUGUAAUUCUUUGCGAUGUUACUUGCUUUGGCAGACAAUCCAGGAAGUCUGCAGCUCAGAUUUUCUCAGGAUCUUCCAAGUGCAAUUCUACUUUGAAAAUUGACUGUAAAAAUGGCAUCAUGAGACAUGGAGACAAGGAAAUUAGAUGGAAGUUUCUUUAAAACUGCCCUGAAUAAAGAUGAAGUUGAAAAUAUUCUCAGUGAAAUUAGUAAUCUUAAAAUGACUGAGAGAGGGAAUGGCAAUAAAAAUAAUGAAGUCAAAUGUGAAAGCCUUUGUCCAGCUCCUCAGAACAUUCGGUGUCUUGGUCUGCAAACUCCAAGAACUCCUGCUCCAGGGAUCCUACAACUGUUGCCAUCUCAAUCAUCUGAUUUCAUGGGAGAAGAAUAUUACUCUUCAAAAAAAAUCCCCAAAUUAGGAGAAUGGAGUAUAACAACUCUUAAAGACAAUAUUAUUCCCACAGGGAGAGAACUUCCUCGUACCCCAUUCUGCACAAAUCAACAAGGGAAAUUGUUACUAGAAUCUUUAAAGGACGAUACAGUACUGAAUGAGAGACAUUCAACAGGUGUCGUUGGACCUAGUCAUUCAGAAUGUGAAACACUUAAGUUACAGAUUGAUGCUGAUGUGCUGGAGAAACUUUUGAGGGAGGAGACUUCUGUAAAGACUCGUGCCUCAAAUGCAUGGGUUUACACUAGGAAAAAAGAUUCCAUUUGCCAAUGUAUGCAGCAGCCUGAUGACAACCACAUCAUCUCUGGCCAUACAGAAAAUGGCAAGGAGGUGGCACCACCUCUAGUUGAGGAUGAGGUAGGAUGUCUUCUUUCAGUUACUUUAGAGCUACUAUUGUGUCUUGUGCAAAUAAUGGUCUUAUAA